UUGCUUGCACCACAGACUAUAUUCCCAAAUUCAUGGUCCCCCCCAGUGACUACUCGCCCCCAUUCGAUAAGCACCUGUCAGAAGAAUAUUAGGCACCAGACGUCUUCAUUCGGCACAGCUCAUGGAGCCGCUCGCCCCUAUUUUAGCUAAUUCUACAGGGACUUAUUGUAUGGAGUCUUCUGUCGUUUCUGUUCCCGAAGAUGGCGUUCCCCUCCCUCUCUUCCGAGACUUUAUAGCACCUUCCUUUGAGGAUCAAAGCUUUUCGAGUCUGUAUCCAUACCUCAAUCAAGAUACUGAUUCUCUGUUCCACAAACAAUGGCUUGAUACUUCUUCGGCAUUUCAGACAGACGCGAGCCUUGGCCAAACUCAAGAAACGAAUUCAGAAGCUUCUCUUGUCGGUGGCAACCCUUUAAAAGUGCCGGAUAUAGACGCCACUGGAUCAGCGAACAAGGUCAAUUUUCCUUGUCACGGACCCAUUGCCUCAAAACCAAGUCAGAUGGAAAACACCAAGAACUUCACCAUGACCAACCGCGGUCGUAAACAUGCGACUAACGCUAAGAAGAAGCUUCCAGCCGCGCGAGAGCUUCACAUACGUGAAAACAAUCGAAAAGCUGCAGACAAACACCGUAACCGGAAACGAAGAGAAGUGGAAGGAUUGGUCGCCCGUCAAAAGACCUUAGAAGCACAAAAUAAUUACCUUUAUGCUUCCUAUAACUCACUUAGAGUGGAGACUGUCAACAUUAAGUGGCAGCUCUUGCAGCAUACAGAUUGCGACUGUGUUAUGAUUCAGCAGUACAUCGAGAACGAGGCAAAACGCUGCCUGGAUAGUUUGCUUUCCUGACAUUCCUCCUCACCCUAUAUAUCGGGAUUAAUGAGCGAUCAGCAGCAGCAAGGAAGCGAUGCCGGAGAACGUUCAGUAGCAACAAAUCUGGGCGACGUCACCUGACAUAAACCAGACGGAUAAUGGCACAUUAAAAUCGAUAUCAAGUACUGAGAAUAGCGUAUGUACGACGUUACUCUGUAUGUUAGAACAAUAUGCCUUGGUAAUGCCAGAUAACGUCUUCUGUGAAUAAUAUCUAUAGUUUAUAUUAAGUUUCUAGCCCUUAGUCUAUCC